AUGUUCAAAUCCGACCGUUUUAUUGUCCUUUCUGGUCGAUCCCCAGACCUUGAAUCAGUAGGCUCUGGGACAAAAAUGUCCACCGUCUCAUCAGGUGGUGGGCCUCAGGAUCGAAAGGAGUUUCUUCGUAGAUUUGUAGACUGUAAAAUUCUAGCUUCAAACCUUGAGGACUGGUUUGAAGAAAUAGCUGAAAAUUCAGCAUACAAAACACCUGCUUUUGACGUUCCAUUCGAGUUGAUAGAUCUUCAGAAGUUUGAUUAUGCAUUGGAAGGGGUUUCCUUUCAGCAGCUGAUUAGAAUGCCAAGUGCUGUUUAUGCUUCAGCAUCUGGUGCCGUGGAAGCAACCACUUAUCUUGCUAUCGAGGAUUUUCUUCAUGCAAGUGUAAAGGGCUUGUGGGAGGCAUUUUGGAGUCUGGAUGAGCCUAUGCCUUUUUAUGUCCCCUGUCUGUACGACGCAAACUUAAAAUUCUACCCCGUUGAAAAAGCAAUUGCUAAAGGGAAACUUGGAGGUCUCAGUGCCACGGCUGUAAUGUUAAAGAACCCCAGACAUCCACAUGGGAAGUGGGAUGAUGUUCUUGAAUUGGCACUUCUAAGGCCUGAUAUUGGAAGCCUCGGGGUUGAGGCUGGGCAUAAACCUUUUCUAUCAGUUAUAGGUGAAGCGCUAUUUUAUGCACUUCGCGUAUUAGUAUCAAGAAACAUCAGCAGGUCGAAUAUUCCUCUGAGUUUGAAUUCUGUUUUUGUUCUUCUCGUCGAUUCUCAAUAUGGUGGGGUUGUGAAAAUUGAAGGAGAUGUGAAUAAGAUGGAUUUUGAUGCAAAUAAUGUUUAUGGAUGUGCUGCUGAAUGGAUUAAAAAUUAUUCACGAAUUUCAGUUUCCCCAAUUGAUAGGAUCUGGAACAAGCUUGGCAAUGCUAACUGGGGAGAUAUCGGUGCUCUACAGGUACUUUUUGCAACCUUUCAUUCAAUCGCACAAUAUGCUGGAAUGCCCAAGAACUCAGUUGAAGAUUUAGCUGCUGACCACAGUUCUCGUCUUCAAACAAGAAGAAUUGAGAGGCAGUUGGGGGAUAACAGAGUAAAUGGAAAUGGUGUAUUCCGGUUCCAGCAGGGCAGUGUUUCCCCUGAAAUUGUUGAAGUCCAGGAGGAAUCCCUCAGAAUAGAGUCUGAAAAGUCAAUGAAACUAGAAGUAGGAUCUGUCCUAUGGCUGGAAGAUUCGAACUGGCAAAAGGGUUAUCAGAUUACUGGACUGAUCAAUGAUGAAAUCUCAUAUUAUAUUGCCUCUUCUGUUGAAGAUACGGGGAAGGCUCUGUUUCUGUAUGUUGGCUCACAUCCUUCUCAGCUGGAACCGGCAUGGGAAGAUAUGAAAUUGUGGUAUCAGGUUCAGAGGCAGACUAAAGUAUUGACUGCUAUGAAACAUAAAGGGAUAUCCUGCAAGUAUCUCCCACAACUGCAUGCAUCUGGAAGAAUAAUUCACCCUGGUCAAUGUCGGAGACCAAGCUCAGGUGGAAACUGUGAUCACCCUUGGUGUGGGACACCAAUCCUUGUAACCAGCCCAGUUGGUACGACAGUUUCGAAUAUGGUGAGACUUGGCCAAUUUGGCUCAGAAGAGGCUGUUAGGUGUUGCCAUGAUUGCUUAUCUGCCCUUUCCACUGCCACAUCUGCUGGAAUCCGACAUGGUGACAUCCGGCCUGAGAAUGUUAUUUGCGUGAGGUCUGGUGUGAGGCAGCCUUAUUUUGUCCUUGUUGGUUGGGGGCAUGCCAUAUUAGAAGAGAGGGAUCGUCCAGCAAUGAAUCUUCAUUUCUCAUCUACUUAUGCCCUCCAGGAGGGGAAGCUAUGUGCUGCUUCAGAUGCAGAGAGCCUGGUCUAUUUGCUUUAUUUUGCUCUGGGUGGGGAUUUGCCUGACAUGGAUUCAGUUGAGGGGGCUCUGCAGUGGAGAGAAACAUCUUGGUCAAAGAGGUUGAUUCAGCAGAAGCUUGGGGACAUCUCUGCUGUCUUGAAAGCAUUUGCUGAUUAUGUUGACAGUCUAUGUGGGACGCCGUACCCUCUUGAUUAUGAUAUUUGGCUAAGAAGGUUGAGGAGGCAUAUACAUGAAGACGACCAUGGGAAGGCCAUUGAUACAUCAAGUUAG